CGUAACUCAUUUCGUUUAAGAACUCCCGUUUCAUUUUUUAUAAACUGAUGUUAUUUACGCGGUGUCUUCAGAUGCGACGGACACCUGUUGAACCAAAAUAAUGUACACAUGAAAAAUAAUGGAUGUCACGUACGGAUUGAUAUCGAAUCUCGUAAGAACCAAGUCAGUUGAAAGAGUGCUGGCCCCGAUUGCAUCACAGGUAUCUCUCCUUAUCAUACUUAACGAGGCAUCCGACACUCACCUUGAUGGAAGGGAGACAACUCCAGGAGAUAUCUCGACUUGUGCAAAAUGUGUCAGUGCAGCAGUUGAAGGUUUCAUUGGCGUUGCCAAGCAACAGGCUCAAAAUGCACAAGAAGCUGAGUUUCAGCAAGAUAUGGCCUCAGCGUGUGAAACCCUGGACGUGGCCCAGUCUGGUUUUUAUGUGGCAGCUCAGAAAUUCACAGCCGAUUCGUCAAGCAGACAGACCCGGGUCACUCUAGUCCAGAGGUCAAAGGAGGUUCUGCAGGGGAUACUCAAGGUUCUCCUUGUUUCUGACAAUGCGGAGGUCAAGAAAAUGGUGGCAGCUGUUGGUGAAACCAAGGUCAAGGUCAAACUUGUUGGAAAAGUCACCAGUGUCAAAGAACUUGUAUCAGCAUUCAAGAGCCUAACAGAAUCGGUCAUGUCGUUGAUUGCUCUGACGAGGCGGAGACAGAAGGAGGUCAUCAACUCCCAGCAUCGAGAACAGCUGAUAACAAGCAUGACCGUCCUCCGCAAGUCUCUGUCUGGACUCAACACUACCAUACAGACAUACCUCAAGUACCCCGACAACCCACAGGCACAGACAGGGAAGGAGGCCAUGAUUGGUCAGAUCCUGUCAACUCUGUCAGACAUUCAAGAGGCACUAGAGAGUAAACAGACAAGGGAGACAACUCUGAACAUUGAAGAACCUGGGUAUUUUAUUUCCAGGGUGGACUUUAUUCUGGAAUCUCUGGCAGAGGAAUCAAGGGAGGUAAUUCACCCUGACUUUGAGACUUGGAUUGCUGGCGUGGUGAGGCACAGUAUGGCUGUCGCUCACCUGUGCAGAGACGACUACCGUGACCUCAUCAUUCAAAACUGUCAGAGAGUGUUGCAGGUCAAAGGGCGGAUGCUGGAGCUGUCCCGGUCCCUGCCGCAGACCCCACCUGGCAGUCACCACAGAAGGGAGCACGGGGAGGUCUGCGAGACGAUGCUGGACGAGUUCUGUCACCUGGAGCAGCAUGUCAACAUGGCCCUGCUGCAUCUCAUGGUGGACGUCUUCAAGGACACCACAGAACCUCUGGAGAGACUCCUCAAGGCUGUGCUUUGUCCCAAACAGAACAAUGCGAGUCCAAGUGUGAAGGACCUGGUGGCAGACUUCAGCGACCACGCAGACAGCAUCUACCAGGUGGCCAGCCUCGCUGCAGCCAGCUCCUCCGACAGUAAACGUGUGAGGGUGAUCCGUGCCUGCGUGUACCAUCUUGAGAAAAUUGACCCCAACAUUGUACCAUCAAUCAAGGCAGUUGCCAGGCAACCAACAAACAUGGCCGCCCUGAGAAACUUAAAGUUAUUGGUAAAGGGCUGGAAGGAAGAGUUAUCUGCUCUUGUAGAAGUUCUGGAUGAAAUGGUAGACCCGGAGUUGUUUAUAGAAGUUUCAGAGUUGAAGAUAGGUGAGGACAUAUGUGCCGUGCGCGGGUUUCUCCUCCAGGCGGACCAUGAGGGCAGCACCGAGGCCAUCUCCUGCGUGUUCCGCCGCACCAGGCGUGUCAUACAGAUAGCCCAGUCAGUGGUGGACCACAGCACGGACGCCAUCUACAGGAACGGCCUGCUCGUCUUUGUCAGAAAGCUUCAACAAGCUGAGUCUAUCACCAAAGAGGCACUGAGGUACCUGCAGCGAGACGUCCACAACGAGCGUCUGCAGGAGACCUUCGUGAAGCACCUGCUCCUGCUGAAGGGGUUUGUGGGACAGGUGAAGGAGGGCCUGUCGGCCGACAACCACCCCGACAUAACCAGUCCCGACCGGAUGAAGGUGUACAAGAAGAAAAGGCUCAGGCUGUCAGGCUCCAAAAUCAACAAGCCCCCCAGCAAAAGGCGCAGUCAUUCACACCAACAACCUAGUUACCGUCCAUCCUCAAAGUCUGGCCUUGACCUUGCCCCUAGGUCCACCAAUCGGAAGCAGGCAUCAAAAACGGCAAAACAUGAUGUCUCACCUGGCAAAGACAGACAACAAAAACCAGCAGUAUCUUCUGACGAGGCACCUGCUUCAGGUAGCCUUGGAGUUAAGAUGUCUGACAUUCGCCUGGUAGCGAAGCAGUUUGUGUCUGCUGCUGUGGCCGGAGAUAAGCAGCGGGUCAAUGUGCUGACCUCUGACCUCCUUGCCUGGACGAAUCACAUUUUAGAUGCUUCCCAGAGCCUGACCAAUCAUUGCACAGAGCUUGAACACAUAGAAGAGAUGGAGAGCCUGUGUAGAGAGCUUGAUCAGCUCACCCCAGAGACUAUCAACAAGGCCAAGUACGUCGUGGUGGGGGACAUCAGCGAGGUGGCCAAUCUGCAGCACACAGCUGAUGCCUGGGCUGAUAAGCUGGAUAAAGUCCGAAUCCACCUGGACGUUGCCGUGGAUACAUGGAAGACUGUAGCAGACGGCAUCCUGGUAGCCAUCCAGAAGGGCAGCGUGGACAAGCUCAAGGUUGAGAUGACCACCCUAGAGAGUCACCAGGAAGCCCUGGGAAUCCUCCUGUCCUCUGUCGACUCAUUCACUGCCGACUUAACGCCUGAAUCUGACGCAACCUUGACCUUCCUCAAAGACCAAAGAGAUGACCUUGACAAUUUGACCAUCACCAUGAAGACCACAGCUGACCUCACUUUGCAGACAGGAAAUGCAAAUGAUAUCUGCGUCUAUCGGUGCCAGCUUGGUCAGCUGUGUCGUGAGUGGGCAGUGCUGGUCACAUGCGUGCUGUCCAGUCUCCGGACACUCACCUCCCAGGUGAUGACUCGGGGUUGUGACAGGAUUGCUGGACUAGGGGAGGUGACGCCAGACAACGCGGACAGGGACACCAUGAGAGCUGUGGGGGAAAGUGUGAAGGAACUCCUCGACAGUGUUUCUGUUGGUAAUGAAGAUUUGAAAUCUCAAUCAUUUGAAAUCAGCCAAUUUCUGGAUUCUUCCUUGGAGAAACUUCAGACACCAGGGGGCAGUGUGGUGGAGUUCCGGGGCGUACAGGAGGCCAACAUUUACAUCAGUCAACACCAUAGACUCGUACUGGCCCAGUGGGUUGCCAAGGUAUUAGAAGCUCAACAGCUGGUGGACCACAUGACCUCGGACUUCUGUCACCCUCUGGAGUCCUUCCAUACACAGGCACUGGACAUACACAGACUGUCUCUCACAGAUCCAGCAUCCUCGGCAGAACAUAAAUCCAACUACCUGUGCGAGGUGAGCAAGAUGGCGGCCAACAUCAGCAUGGUGCAACAGAAGGCACUCAACGCCAUCCAGCUGUCCCCAGACCUGGCCAAAAGGGGUGUUGUCAGGCGGUGCCUAGACGAUAUCGCUGCCCUCACACCCCAGUUGCUGGACAAGCUGAAGUCCUUUGUUGAGGACAGUAAUACGGAUGACACGGAGCAGGAGACUCUCAAGGUCCAGUGGGCAGCUCGCAUGAAGAGGCUGACACUGACUCUCCAACAGAUGCCUGACCUUAGACCCACACUCAAUACUGAGAUUGUGAAACUGUUAACAAUGGAGCCUAGCAGAAAUGGUUUACCCAAGAAUAUUUCGAAAGAAGAGGGUAAGCCGAAACAACAGGACAAUGAGGACCAAGUAGGUGCUGAAGGAGGACCACAGACACCUCUCAGGACACCAGGAAACAGGGGACAUAACUCUGUUAUAGGAACACCCAUGCUUGGAAUGUCUAGACAUGACACGCCAUUGCUUGGCACACCCAACCAUAAACCACUUCGAUCUAUAAUGUCAUCAGCUGUGUAUCUGGAGGAGGUUACAAACCAAUGGAGCACAGGAGAAAACCAGGUUAUUCUGGUUGCCAUGGAGAUCGUCAAACACACAAAGAACAUUGCAGAAUAUUGUUUUGGGAGAGGAGAGUUGGAGGACACUGCUGGGCUGGUGCGUGCUGCCUCCAUUGUGGUGGAGAAUGGACAGAAGAUGCAGCGGUACAUCCGGGCACUGGCCGACAGCUGUGUGGACGAGAGUGAUGCUCGAGACCUGAGAGUGUGUGUGGACAAGAUCAGCUCCUUCACCACCCAGCUGAACAUCAUCUGCAACGUCCUGCACAACUCCCCGACCACAGCUGAGAGUGAUAAGAUCGUGCUUAGGAACACCAGCAACCUGCUGAAGGCAGUUCAAGAGGCCUUCCUGGAGGCGGAAAAGGGCGGAGUCAGGGGUUUGACAGACAAAUCUGGGCAGGACAGAGAAGAUGGAGACAUCCUCGCCCUGGUGUCCGAGUGGCAGAGGGCGCUGGUCUUGCAGAGGUCGGCCGAGGCAAACACGUCCCCUAGGGAUGAGCUGGGGCUACGACGGGUGGAACGACAUCGACCCCCAUCACUGGUUCACAUUCUUGAGUAGGGGAGUCACAAUAUGCAAACUUUAUGAAAUUAUGUGUGACACUACUAUUGCAUCAUUGUCCAUGACAUUCUCCAUGUUCCUUUCUGCCAUAACUGGGCCAUUUAUUGCCUUAAACCAUCUUCCCGAGGCAAGGGAUUUUGGCUGGACUAACAAAUUGAUGCAUAGUCCAUUCAAAAAACGCAUAAUGAAAUCGACAUCCGUUUGUCAACUGAUAUAAGAGGUGGAAUCUGAUUGGUCAGUAGGAAGGACGUAGACGGGACAUAACUCAUAAUAGCCACUGGUGGCACUACGAUUGAGUCCAGAAGUUCCAGUCUAGUCAGUAAAGUUCCUUGCUGUAGGCAGAUGCUUGAAACCAGCUUGUGGUAACUCACAUAUUCUAAUAACAUACAUAUAUCUAGCAUAAUGAUUUGUGAUAGAUAGUAAGGUAAACAUAAAGCUAGACUAGUUUUCUAGACACAGUUUUGUUUAUUGACAGUAAUUUUUGCCAGUCUUUGUGCAUUUUACUUCAAAAAUUGAUACAGAAUUAGAAUAUUUAUUGAUAA